AUGUUCCAGUGUCAAUCGCACCCCCAUCGCUCACCGCAGACACACAGGGUGCCACGUCCUCGCACACGAGUCCUUCGAGGACGAGGUGACGGCGAAGCUCAUGAAUGAACACUACGUGAACAUCAAGGUCGAUCGCGAGGAGCGGCCUGACGUCGACCGGCUGUACAUGACGUUCCUGCAAGCGACUACGGGCGGCGGCGGUUGGCCGAUGUCCGUCUGGCUUACCCCGGAACUGCAUCCGUUCUUCGCGGGGACAUACUUUCCACCCGGGAACUUCAGACAAGUACUGAUGAAGCUCGCUGAUGUGUGGGAGGACGAUCCUCAGCGCUGCCGUUCCACUGGCCAACAAGUGAUCGAGCAGCUGCGCGAGGCCACCUUGACACCCGCAUCGCCCUCUGGCAGCGCGAACCUGCCGAUCCCGUCCCUCGCACAGCAGACCUUCUCACGUCUCGCCCGUCAAUUCGACAGCACGCACGGCGGGUUCGGGCGCGCGCCCAAAUUCCCGCAAGUCGCGACCACGACCGGAUUCCUCGCGCGCUUCGCCGCUGCCGAGCGGCGUCCCUCCGCCACCAAGGCCGCGUCAAGCACCAGCAGCGAGCCGCCGAGCGCCGAUGAAGUUCUGAGCUACCUGGACGCGGAGCCGCACGAAGCCGGAGACUUAGAGGGCGAGACCGGCCGCCCGGCGAAGACGGCGGGCGCGCAGAGCGGGGCUUCGCGGGCGGCUGAGAUGGCGGCUUUUACGAUGGGGAGGAUAUAUGCGGGCGGCGUGCACGACCACGUCGGCGGCGGGGUGGCGCGGUACUCGGUCGACGAGCGGUGGCAUGUCCCACACUUUGAGAAGAUGCUGUACGACCAGGCGCAGCUACUCCGAUCUACGCUCGAGCUGUACCUCCUGCUCUCGGAGACCGACACGCAGCGCGCGCCGCUCAUCGCACUCGCACGCUCGAUCCUUGCGUACCUCCCCGUGCUGACGAGCCCUGACGGCGGGUUCUUCAGCGCGGAGGACGCAGACUCGCUCCCGACCUUCGAGAGCACGAAGAAGCGCGAGGGCGCGUUCUACACGUGGACCGCAGCGGAGAUCGACGAGAUACUCAGCAAGGCGGGACAGGCGGGACAGGGCGUGAUGAAGGCGGCGGACGUGUUCAAGUGGGCGUACGGCGUGGAGGAUACCGGCAACUGUGAUCCGACGCAUGACAUCCAGGGCGAGCUGAAGGGACAGAACGUCUUGUACCUCGCGCAUUCCCAUGAGGAGACGGCGCGCAUGUUCGGUAUCGAGGUUGCUGGGGUUGAACGCGUGCUGAACAGCAGUUUGUCCGCGCUGAAAGAGUGGCGCGAGAAGAACCGUCCUCGCCCGCAUCUGGACGACAAGGUUGUCGCGGGCUGGAACGGCCUCAUGAUCUCCGGGCUCGCACUCGCUGCUGAGGUUCUCCCAGGCGAAGAAGGGAGACAGGCGAUGCGCAUGGCGGAAGGUGCAGCCAGGUUCGUCAGAGAGAAGAUGUAUAAUCCGGACACUGCGGAGCUCUGCCGAAGCUGGCGUGAGGGCAAGGGCCCGCGAGGCGUGACAGAGGAUUACGCGUUCUUAACACAAGGUCUGCUGGACCUCUACGAAGCAAGCGGAAAUGAGGGGUACGCGCUCUGGGCGAUCCGUCUCCAGGAGAAGCAAGACGAGCUGUUCUUCGACAAGGACGGCGGUGGAUACUACACCUCCGCACCCGACCCGCACAUCCUCAUCCGUAUGAAGGAUGCCCAGGACGGUGCAGAGCCGAGCGCUGCGUCCGUCACGCUGUCGAAUCUCUAUCGCCUCACGCACAUUGCAGAGGACUACCACACGGAGUUCGCGAAGAAGGCGUCGAGCGUGCUGCAGUCCAACGCGCAGCUUCUGGAGCAUGCGCCGUUCGCUCUCGGAGCGAUGCUCGCCAAUGCGAUGGUGCAUGAACGCGGAUACGUGCAGAUGAUCGUGACGGAGUCGCCCACUGCGUCGCCUGAGUCGUCUGUGCUGAACACGAUACGCAAGCGAUACAUGCCGCACCGCGUCCUGAUUCAUUUCGAUCCCACGGCGCCGCCCAGGGAACUGGCGAAGGCCAAUGGCACUCUGCGUAGCCUUGUGGAUGACGCAGACAAGAAGGCUGCUAGUGGGGAUAUGAAGCCUAGCGUUCGGGUGUGUAAGAACUUCACUUGCGGCUUGCCUGUCUAUGACUUGACAGAGCUGGAGAGCGUGUUGGAUACAUGAAGUGUGUGCGAGUAACUAGACGUGUAUACUAUGCUUGUACGUCUUCAAACUAUGGCUUCA